CUUUCUAUAUAUAUUUUUUUGCUCUUUAUUUUCUUGUGUGUUUUUUCACCCUCACAUGGUUGGCACAUCCUGCUGGCUCCAAUUCAUUAUAUUCUCUUCCCAACUGUAUGCCUUUGAGCUUGUCUCUCUACUGACUGGGUUUCUUCAUUUCCUCUUCUCCCAUUUUCUUCCCCUCUCAUUUUAGAGAGACAGGGGCGACCUCUCCCCGUUUUAGAGAGAGAGGGACUGGUUUUGGGGUCUGGUCAUAAUGGCUGGAGAUCCCCAUUUUCUUGCGAGGUCUCUCUUGGAUAUUGUAGAAGAGAUAUCUAAGAUUGGGGAGUACAGGAACCUUGUGAGGAAAGAAUGUGUGAAUCUCACAAGAAGAGUCACCCUCUUGUCGCCAUUGUUUGAAGAGAUCAGAGAUUUUAAAGCCCCUGUUUCAGAUAAGUGUCGUUUAUGCCUUGAUGGCCUUGUUAAAGUGCUUCGGGCUUCAAAGGGGCUUCUUCAGAUAGGGCAUUGUGCUAGCCAGGUGUUUCUGGUUUUUGAGGGUAAGUGGAUCGCCAGCCAGUUUCAAGAUGUAUCGUUGCAAUUGGAAAAGACUCUUGGAUCCUUCCCUUACGAAUCCUUUGAGAUAUCGGAUGAGAUUCGAGAACAGGUUGAGCUUGUCCAUGCGCAGCUGAAACGAUCAAAAGAACGAAAUGGGUCCAUGGAUUUGGAACUUCUCUCAGAUGUCACUACCAUUUUAUCACACCAAGCUCAUGUUAAAGACCUUGAUAAUAGCUUGCUUAGGAGGGUUAUGGAGAAGUUAGAAAUUGUGAUUAUUGAUGAUGUGAACCAAGAGUUGCAAGCGUUGCAUGAUAGCCCCAUACAUGUUCCUAGCCAAAGCUUAGAGCAAAUGAAAAAUGUAUUGGGAAAACUCAAAGAUUGCAUCUUGUCUUGUAUUUCUAAUAUAGAAGGAGCCGGUGUGAACAAGAGGCGGCUAUCUAAUAGGAACAAUAGUUUUAAGGAUGACAAGACCCCCGAUUCUCUCAUCAUUCCUGAUGACUUCCGUUGCCCCAUAUCGCUUGAAUUAAUGAGGGAUCCUGUUAUUGUUGCCACUGGGCAGACUUAUGAGCGCUCUUGUAUCCAAAGAUGGAUAGAUGGUGGGCACAAGACCUGCCCAAAGACCCAACAAACAUUACCACACCUCACGCUAACCCCAAACUAUGUGCUUAGAAGCUUGAUCACUCAAUGGUGCGAUGCCCACGGGGUUGAGCAACCAAAGAGAUCAGGCAGCACCAGGCUUAGAAAAAGUAGCGAUGGCACACUCCAAGAAGUUGGAGGCAACCGAGCACUAAUCGAUUCCUUAGUCACAAAGCUCUCAAGUGGGGUUCUCGAUGACCAAAGGUCUGCAGCGGGAGAAAUUCGUCUUUUGGCAAAGAGGAGCACUGAUAAUCGAAUAUGCAUUGGAGAAGCUGGUGCCAUUCCAAUCCUUGUCCGUCUUUUAUCGACCAGUGAUCCUCGAACCCAAGAACAUGUUGUUACUGCUCUUUUAAAUCUCUCUAUUUUUGAUAAUAAUAAAAGCAUCAUAGUCUUAGCUGGGGCCAUUCCACAUAUUGUUGAAGUGAUUAGAGUGGGGAGCAUGGAAGCGAGAGAAAAUGCGGCUGCUGCUCUCUUUAGCCUAUCUCUCGUAGAUGAGAACAAAAUAACUAUUGGUGCUGCAGGUGCCAUCCCUGCAUUGGUUGGGUUGCUGUGUUCAGGUAGCCCUAGGGGUAAGAAAGAUGCUGCGACUGCUUUGUUUAACUUAUGCAUAUAUCAAGGAAAUAAGGCUCGGGCUGUUCGGGCUGGUAUAUUGAACCCAUUGAUGACGAUGCUCACUGAUACUGGCAAUGGAAUGGUGGAUGAGGCUCUCACCAUAUUGGCUGUUAUCGCUAGCCAUCCUGAAGGGAAGGUGGCGAUAGCAAAAGCAAAUGCUAUACCAGUUUUGGUCGACCUAACAAGAACAGGGUUGCCUCGAAAUAAAGAGAAUGCAGUUGCUAUUCUCCUUACUUUGUGCAAAAAAGAUGGGGAGAAUUUGGCUUGUGUUAAAAGGCUUGGUGCUUAUAUUCCCCUGACAGAGCUGGUGAAGUCCGGAACAGAAAGGGCCAAGAGGAAGGCUGCGUCUUUGUUAGAGCACAUGGGGAGGCUGCACCAGCUAUAGGAGUGAGAACUUAGAGAAAAAUUCGCUAUUUUCAUUCAUGCGACGCGAACGAAAGUGGCCGAGCAGGAGCAGGUCUGGUGUUCUGAUGAGGCAAAGCCCAGGAUAAGGAGUGCUCGCUUGCUUUUGUACCACUGCAAGUUUGAUUCAUGUCUAAAUGCUCACACAUUUGUUAUUUUUUCUUUCUUUGGUUUUUGAAAGCGAAGUGUGCGAGGGGUCAGUUUUUAUUCCCCAGUUUGUUGUUGUUAUCCUGGCAUUGUGAGUUGAUUUGUUGCCCUCCAUUGAAAAAAAAGUGUGGGUGGGUGGCCCUCCAUUGUCAAAGUGGGGUUAUUGUUCCAUUUUUAUCCCACAAAAAUGUGAGCCUCUCAAGGAUGGCUUGAAGCAAUGACUUUAUGAAAAAUAUUGUUAUUUAUUUGA